UCUGUUGUGAGACAUCUUUUCUGAUUAGACAGAGGAUCUGAGCAUUCCAGGGGCUGCUACCUGCUGAGGUCUUCAGAGGAUGUCACCCUCCCCGGGGGCCGAGAAUUCAGGCCACUAAACCUCGGCAACGCCCUGGAAGAAGGCUAGGCGGCGUGGAGCGGAGCAGCAGCUGGAGCCAGCCUAAGAGUCAUCUUCUCUCCCAGUUAAUCCUCAGAGAAGGAAAGAGUUUGAAGACCAUUUGCCAGGCAGGGGUGGAGCGAGGGCCGGGCCUGGCUGGGCUGAACGCCUCAGAUCUGCACUUUAAGCCGCCACACUUUGUUUCCCCCUGAGCCGGAUCUGAAGAAUCACCGGGUGCUCCGGAAGGAAUUGACAUGGCCCAGUUGAUGACAGCACAGCUGUUACUCCUGGUGUGGGUGGCCGCAUGCAGAGCCCAGGCCAGUGCUGCUCGGGCCAGGACCGACCUUUUGAACGUGUGCAUGGACGCCAAGCACCACAAGGAUAAGCCAAGCCCUGAGGACAAGUUGCACGAGCAGUGCAGUCCCUGGAAGAAGAACUCCUGCUGCUUCACCAACACCAGCCAGGAAGCCCAUAAGGAUGUUUCCUACCUGUACAGAUUCAACUGGAACCACUGUGGGGAGAUGGAGCCCGCCUGCAAGCGGCACUUCAUUCAGGACACCUGCCUCUAUGAGUGCUCCCCCAACUUGGGGCCCUGGAUCCAGCAGGUGGACCAAAGUUGGCGCAAAGAGCGGAUCCUCAACGUGCCGCUGUGCCAGGAGGACUGCCGGCAGUGGUGGGAGGACUGCAAGACCUCUCAGACCUGCAAGUCCAACUGGCACAAGGGCUGGAACUGGGAAAAGGGCUACAACCAGUGCCCCGAGGGAGCUGUCUGCCACCCCUUCCACUUCUACUUCCCCACUCCCGCUGCCCUGUGUGAGGAAAUCUGGAGCCACAGCUAUAAAGCCAGCAACUACAGCCGAGGCAGUGGCCGCUGCAUCCAGAUGUGGUUUGAUCCAGCCCAGGGCAACCCCAACGAGGAGGUGGCCAGGUUCUACGCAGAGGCCAUGAGCAGGGCUGGGUUCCGUGAGGCCAUGCCUCUCUUGCUCAGCCUGCUCCUGGUGCUGCUCUGCCUGCUCCAGUGAGCUCCUUCUAUUGUCUGAUACCUGGACACCCCUGGCCUGCUUAGCCCCACAGCUCUGAGUGAGUUCAAUUCCUGGUUCCUGGUGGGGCCUUGAGCAGCCAUUUAAAUAAACCAGACAUUCUAUA